AUUUAUUCUGACGGCUCAUCUCCCGCCGCUCAUUAUGACGAGCCGAGUGUCCGCGCAGAGCACGCGACCCCGCAGCGAACAGCACCGCGGGAGCUGCUGACGGCGCCCCUGGCUGCACCCAGGACUGCUGCAGGAGAGCGAGUCCGGAGUUUGGACUCACGGAGCCAUUCGUACCCACGGCCACUGCCCGACGGAGUCGCAGCAGCGGCAGCAGCGGCGGCAGUCGAAGAGGACCGAGCGCGUCCCCCGGGGAGAGUGACCCCCCCCCACUCCUGCUGCUGCUCCUCCUGCCGUGCAAGCCGAGCCGUCGCCACCGCCGCUGACGCCGUAGCACGGAGGAGCCCGCACCAUGGCGCCACCCACGAGCUCGGGGACCGGGGAGGGCGUCCCCGACGGCGGCUGGGGCUGGCUCGUCCUCGCCGGCUCCGUCAUCUCCAUCGGAUUCUCCUACGCCACUCCCAAGGGGGUCACCGUCUACUACAAGGAGAUCCAGGAGGUGUUCGACACCACCUACAGCGAGAUCGCCUGGAUCUCCUCCAUCAUGCUCGCCUUCAUGUACGGCUUCGGGCCGGUGUGCGGGGUCCUCGUCAACAAGUUUGGCAGCCGGCCCGUGGUGAUCCUGGGCGGCGUCAUGGCUGGGGUCGGCAUGAUCAUCGCCUCCUUCGCCACGUCCAUCAUGCAGCUCUACAUCUGCCUCGGCGUUCUCGUAGGCAUGGGCCUGGCCUUCAACUUGCAGCCGUCGCUCACGAUGAUCGGGGUCUACUUCUUCAAGCGGCGGCCAAUCGCCUACGCCGUGGGCAUGAUGGGCAGUCCGCUCCUGUUAAGUACGCUGGCACCGCUCAAUCAGUUCCUGCUCAACACCUUCGGCUGGCGCGGCAGCUUCCUCAUCCUGGGCGGGAUCCUCCUCAACUGCUGCGUGGCUGGCGCUCUCUACCGCCCGCUGCAGUUGCCCGUCAAGAAGCCGACGGCCGAGGAGAAGGCGGCGGAGGAGGAGAUGGUGCCCUUGGCGACCGUCGAAGGCAAGAAGGUGAAGGAGGUGGAGGUGGAGGAGGUGAAGAAGAGGGGCGCUUGCGGGAAGAUUGCUGACCUCCUGGACCUCACUCUGUUUAUACACCGGGGCUUCAUGAUCUACCUGGUGGGGAACGUGCUCAUGUACAUCGGGCUGCUGGUGCCCAUCGUGUUCCUCACGCCCUCCGCCAAGCACAUGGGCAUCGAGGAGUACCAGGCCGCCCUGCUGCUCACCGUGCUGGCCGUCGUGGACCUGGUGGCGCGGCCCGCCUGGGGCGCCAUCGCCAACUCACCCUGGCUCCGCCCGCAGAUCCACAACAUGCUGAGCCUCUCCAUCCUGCUGACGGGCGUGUGCGACCUGCUGUGCCCGCUCGCCACGGGCUUCUGGGGCCUGGCGGUGUUCGCCGUGGGCUUCGCCGUCUUCUACGGCCUGCUGUGCGCCGUGCUCUUCGAGGCGCUCAUGGACCAUGUCGGGGCGAAGCGCUUCCCCAGCGCGCUGGGACUCGUCACCAUGGCGGUGUGCUGCCCGCUGCUGGUGGGGCCGCCCUUCGGAGGCUGGCUGGUGGACAAGACCGGGAGCUACAACGCCAUGUACCUCACGUGCGGGGGCAUCAUGGUGCUGGCGGGGCUAUUCCUGGGCAUCGGAAACUUCAUCCACUUCCGACUGCUCCGGCGCGAGCAGCUGCACGAGCAGAGCCAGGGCCAGAAGAGCGACCUGGAGUUGUCGGGCACCAGGGCCAGUUCGGGCAUCCUGCACGGCGAGAGCGACCUCACCCACAGGAACGGGAAAAAGGAGACGGACGCUUAGCGUGUCUGAUGUGUGAGCCCAGCAAACACCGCCAGCACCAACACCACCAACACUGCCAGCACCAACACCGCCAGCACCAACACCACCAACACCAACACCACCAACACCGCCAACACUGCCAGCACCAACACUGCCAGCACCAACACCGCCAACACCAACACCGCCAGCAGCAGCACUGGCAACACCACCAACAUCGCCAGCACCAACACCAACACCACCAGCACCAACACCAACACCACCAACACCAACACCACCAACACCAACACCACCAACACCGCCAGCACCAACACCACCAGCAGCAGCAGCACCAACACCACCAACACCAACACCACCAACACCAACACCACCAACACCAGCAGCAGCAGCACCAACACCGCCAACACCAACACCACCAGCAGCAGCAGCAGCACCAACACCGCCAGCAGCAGGAGCAGCAGCAUCAGGAUCAGCAGCAGAGUGCAACUCACAUCUCUCGUCUGUUCAGCACAUAUUUUUCGACCACCCAAUCACAAUGAGACGUUCACAUUUUACCAACUAUCUGAGGCCACUCCCUUUAACUUACUCUGUAACAACAUUGUGUUUUUUUGUUCAACAUGUACAUUUAUAUAUUUCUGGAUGUUGGCAACAACUGCAUCUUAAAUGCCGCAUCAGAGUGACGGCAAGAGAUGAAGAGACAUGUCUGUUCUGGAGUUCCUUCGGUGGGCAGGGCUCCAAGCCGUCACGGCCACGCCACGGAACUCAUCCAGAGGCCUCUGCUACCCAACGCGAGUCGGCCGGCACUCCGCCACAGGCCUCGGGGGUCUAGGGGGGAAGUCUGCCUGUGGCCUCAGAUCCAAGGGGGUCUCAGAGAAGGCUCAGACGACCUCGGAGGAGACCAGAUCCCGCCUGCUAUGCCGCACUGUGUAAGGAGACGCAUCGCCUGUGUUACCCAUCAGACUCACUCAAAUUCGAGUUCUCAAAAGCUCAACUUUACGCAAGUCAAGGGUGAAGCCGAAUAAUAUUUGAUGGCUUCCAUUUGGACAGUAACGGGUGACUGGUGCUGAGGCCGUGAGCCCGAUCCUGUCCACGCGGAGGCGGCGGCGCCCCCCACGGAGAGGGAUCCCAAACCCGGCGCCGGGAGCCGCUCGGCCUCCCCCGCGGGUUGUGAUGAUUCCCAUUCACCUUGUUGUUGUUGUUGUUUAUGCUGUGUUAGUGAAUAGGCAGUUUGGGUUAUUGUUAAAUAGAGCAACCGAAGCAAACCGCAGGGUUUGGUUUGCUUGGUCAGAAAAGCUGCCCCUGGGUGGUUCUCGAGGACGUGCAGCAGUGGAGGAGGAGGAGGAGAGAGCAGCCCUCGUGUCGCAGUGUGCGGCAGUCGAGACAGCACAGGGCACGGCUUCUUCCACCUCCCCACCUCCUCUUCCAGGAUGUUUGACCAGUGUGGAAGAGUAGGCCAAAUACCCUGUAGAGGGAGCCCUCUAGAGCUCCCUCUAGUGGAGGCCCUUCUGCCAGCAGUGGUGUGAACAAGCAAUUGCAGGGCUGCCCCUUUCCCCUUGAUACAUCCAUCAGUGGAUGGACAAAGGGCUGUACAUAUUCAGUGUAGAGUACGUGGAGUGUGCAUCAUGGCAGGAGAACGUUUGAACUCAAGCCAAAUGGCUCGUGUCUGUGCGCCAUUGGGUCUGGGUUUGUAAAAACGGCCGUGCAUUUUGGGUUGGGGUUCAGCAACGGAACACUAAAUGUGUAACUGUGUCACCUUUCCACGCGUUAGGGAUACAAAUGAUGCUAUUUAUAUUGUUCGGUCUCAACGAUAUGCUCACGUGCUCAAACUAUUGUAAUAAAAAUGAGGAUUGU